AUGGCGGCGCACCUGAAGAAGCGGGUGUACGAGGAGUUCACUAAGGUGGUUCAGCAACAGGAGGAAGUUACUACUAAGAAACUCCGACUAACAAAACCAAGUAAAUCUGCAGCACUCCACACAGAUCUCUGCAAAGCUGCUUCUCCAGCAGAUGCUUUGCAGUACCUACUUCAGUUUGCCAGGAAGCCUGUUGAGGCAGAAAGUGUGGAAGGAGUAGUCAGGAUUCUCUUGGAACAUUAUUAUAAGGAAAAUGAUCCAUCUGUGAGACUGAAAAUUGCUUCAUUAUUGGGAUUAUUGUCAAAGACUGCAGGAUUUUCUCCAGACUGUAUUAUGGAUGAUGCCAUUAACAUCCUGCAGAAUGAAAAGUCUCAUCAAGUCCUAGCUCAACUGUUGGACACUUUGCUUGCAAUUGGCACUAAACUCUCAGAGAAUCAAGCUAUCCAGAUGCGAAUAGUUGAUGUAGCCUGCAAGCACCUGACAGAUACUUCCCAUGGUGUAAGAAAUAAGUGCUUGCAAUUACUUGGCAAUCUUGGCUCUUUGGAGAAAAGUGUCACAAAGGAUGCAGAAGGCGUAGCUGUCAGAGAUGUCCAGAAAAUUAUAGGGGAUUACUUCAGUGACCAAGAUUCGCGUGUCAGAACAGCAGCUAUAAAAGCUAUGUUGCAACUUCAUGAAAGAGGACUGAAAUUACACCAAACAAUUUAUAAUCAGGCAUGUAAAUUGCUCUCUGAUGACUAUGAACAAGUGCGCAGUGCUGCAGUCCAGCUUAUCUGGGUUGUCAGUCAGCUCUAUCCUGAAAGCAUUGUCCCAAUCCCAUCUUCUAAUGAAGAAAUUCGCUUAGUUGAUGAUGCUUUUGGGAAAAUUUGUCACAUGGUCAGUGAUGGAUCCUGGGUGGUUCGAGUUCAAGCUGCAAAGCUAUUGGGCUCUAUGGAGCAAGUCAGUUCUCAUUUCUUGGAGCAGACGCUUGACAAGAAGCUGAUGUCAGAUCUAAGGAGGAAACGCACUGCGCACGAGCGUGCCAAGGAACUUUAUAGUUCAGGGGAGUUUUCCAGCGGCAGGAAGUGGGGAGAUGAUGCUCCCAAGGAAGAAGUAGAUACAGGGGCUGUGAACUUGAUCCAGUCAGGAGCUUGCGGAGCUUUUGUUCAUGGAUUGGAAGAUGAAAUGUAUGAGGUCCGCAUUGCUGCUGUGGAGGCUCUCUGCAUGCUGGCCCAAUCUUCAUCCUCUUUUGCUGAGAAGUGCCUUGAUUUCCUGGUUGAUAUGUUUAAUGACGAAAUUGAGGAAGUACGUCUACAGUCCAUACAUACCAUGAGAAAAAUCUCCAACAAUAUCACCCUCCGAGAGGAUCAGCUAGACACUAUCCUGGGUGUAUUAGAGGAUUCAUCCAGAGAUAUUAGGGAGGCUCUUCAUGAACUCUUAUGCUGUGCUAAUGUUUCAACCAAAGAAGGGAUUCAUCUUGCACUGGUGGAGCUGCUGAAAAAUUUAGCCAAGUACCCUACUGACAGGGACUCCAUAUGGAAAUGCCUGAAGUUUCUGGGAAGUCGACAUCCAACCCUGGUGCUUCCCUUGGUUCCAGAGCUCCUGAGCACCCACCCAUUUUUUGACACAGCUGAGCCAGACAUGGAUGAUCCAGCAUACAUCGCAGUUUUGGUUCUUAUCUUCAAUGCUGCUAAAAGCUGCCCAACAAUGCCAGCGUUGUUCUCGGAUCAUACCUUCAGGCACUAUGCCUACCUCCGGGACAGUCUUUCUCAUCUUGUUCCUGCUUUGAGGUUAUCAGGUAGAAAACUUGUGUCAUCAGCUGUUUCCCCCAAUAUCACGCCUCAUGAGGAUCCUUCCCAUCAGUUCCUGCAGCAGAGCCUUGAAAGGGUGUACAGUCUUCAGCACCUGGACCCUCAGGGAACCCAGGAGCUGCUAGAGUUCACCAUCAGGGAUCUGCAAAGACUUGGAGAACUUCAGUCUGAAUUGGCAGGAGUAGCUGACUUCUCUGCUGCCUAUCUUCGGUGUCAACUUCUUCUCAUCAAGGCCUUACAAGAAAAGCUGUGGAAUGUGGCCGCCCCUUUGUAUUUGAAGCAGAGUGAUUUGGCCUCAGCAGCAGCAAAACAGAUCAUGGAAGAGACCUACAAAAUGGAGUUCAUGUACAGUGGUGUGGAGAAUAAGCAGGUGGUGAUUAUACAUCAUAUGAGGCUGCAGGCCAAAGCCUUGCAACUUAUAGUAACAGCACGAACUACUCGAGGAGUUGACCUCCUAUUUGGGAUGUGUGAAAAGUUUUUACAGGAAGUGGAUUUUUUUCAGAGGUGUUUCAUCGCUGAUUUGCCCCACUUGCAAGACAGCUUUGUGGACAAACUUCUUGACCUUAUGCCCCGACUCAUAACAUCCAAACCUGCAGAAGUGGUCAAAAUCCUACAGACCAUGCUGCGGCAGAGUACCUUCCUGCACCUCCCGCUUCCAGAGCAGAUCCACAAAGCCUCAGCCACCAUUAUUGAGCCAGCCGGCGAGUCAGACAACCCUUUGCGGUUUACAUCGGGGUUAGUGGUGGCCCUGGAUGUUGAUGCAACUCUGGAACAUGUGCAGGAUCCUCAGAGCACUGUGAAGGUCCAGGUCUUAUACCCCGAUGGCCAGGCUCAGAUGAUCCACCCCAAACCUGCAGACUUCCGGAACCCUGGCCCAGGGCGGCACCGGCUCAUCACUCAGGUGUAUCUCUCCCACACUGCCUGGACAGAACCAUGCCAGGUGGAAGUGAGGCUGCUGCUGGCCUACAACUCCAACUCACGAAUUCCAAAAUCCCCCUGGAUGGAGGGAGGCGAGAUAUCGACCCAGGCGGAAACCAGCAUUGAGGGCACCAUCCCCUUCAGCAAGUCUGUAAAAGUUUACAUAAUGCCCAAGCCCACAAGGCGCUGA